GGGAGGACAUGCAGGGAGGGGAGGACAUGCAGGGAGGGGAGGAGUGGCAGGGAGAGGAGGAGCAGCAGAGAGUGGGGGAGUAGGAGGGCGGGGUGGAGCAGGUGAAAAUGCAGGAGUCGGAGGGAGGGGAGGAGUAGCAGAGAUUGAGGGAGGCGGAUGGAGGGGUGGACCAGCAGAAACAAGGGGAAGGGCAGGGAGAGGAAGAGGACAAGCGGAGAGGGGUGGAGUCCGGGCGAGGCGAGGAGCAGACAGGAGUGGAGUGGAGACGGCUGAGAGAGGACCAACAGUGAGCGGGGGGGUGGGAGUGCAGGGAGGAUCUGCAGAGAGAGGAGGAGGGAGGGCUGAGAGACGGCCAACAGUGAGUGUAGGAGUGGGACCAAGGGGAGGGGUGGGGGGUGAGAGAGGACCAGCAGUGAGCGGUGGAGUGGGGCUGAGAGGAGGAGCCACAGAGAGUGGAGGGGUGGGGGGUGAGAGAGGACCAGGGUUGAGCGGUGGAGUGGGGCUGAGAGGAGGAGCCACAGAGAGUGGAGGGGUGGGGGGUGAGAGCGGACCAGCAGUGAGCGGUGGAGUGGGGCUGAGAGGAGGAGCCACAGAGAUUGGAGGGGUGGGGGGUGAGAGAGGACCAGGGUUGAGCGGUGGAGUGGGGCUGAGAGGAGGAGCCACAGAGAGUGGAGGGGUGGGGGGUGAGAGAGGACCAGCAGUGAGCGGUGGAGUGGGGCUGAGAGGAGGAGCCACAGAGAUUGGAGGGGUGGGUGGAGGUGUAGGAGAUCAUAACAAUGGGGCAGCAGCAGGGGCGGCAACAGGGGCAGCAGCAGGGGCAGCAGCAGGGACAGCAGCACGGGCAGCAGCAGGGGCAGCAGCAGGGGCAGCAGCAGCAGCAGCGGGGGCAGCAGGGGCAGCAGGGACAGCAGCAGUAGCGGCAGGGGCGGCAGGGGCAGCAGGGGCAGCAGCAGGGGCGGCAACAGGGUCAGCAGCAGGGGCAGCAGCAGGGGCAGCAGCAGGGGCAGCAGCAGCAGCAGCGGGGGCAGCAGGGGCAGCAGGGGCAGCAGCAGCAGCGGCUGGGGCGCCAGCGGCGGCGGGAGGAGCAGCAGCAGCAGCAGCAGCAGCAGCAACAGCAGCAGGGGCAGCAGCAGCAGGAGCAGCAGGGGCAGCAGCAGCAGCAGCACCAGCAGCAGCAGCAGCGCGAGUUGCAACCACAGCAUCAGGGACAGCAUGA